GAGGAAUGCACUUGUUCAGAGUCUGCUGAUUUUCUGCCCAGCGAAUACUGGAGGAGCAACAAGUGAGGAGCUGGUGAAGAAGACAGACAUUUCUUCUUGUCUGGCAGACAUUUCUUUGCACCUAUCAGUCUUGAAGGAGAGAAGGUGCUGCUUUUUCAGCCUGAGGAAAACCAGCAGACGGCACUUGUGGUGAACGAGAUUGGCAAAAUAGACUGGAUGGCUGGAGGUGAGGAAUAGACUUCUCUGGAGACUUAGGUUUGCUGAGUUUGUGCCAUUCAUCCCUUCCUUGGCUGCUUUUGUUAGAAGUAGCUGUGCCCCCUACAGCAGGCAGGAAAAGCAGGAGGAAGGAGAGGGUCUCCAGCAGCCUGAUUGCUCUUUCACUCCAUCCCCAAAGAUGUCUUGCAACUCUUCCCUCAUCCAUGUAACGCCUGGCGAGGACCUUGAGGGUGGCAGCUUCUUAGAGGAAAGCAGCGGUGAGGACGACAUCAGCAGUGUUCUAGGAGGGGACAGCCCCGUGACAGGGCCUCUGGGCACAGCGCUGCUGCUCAUGUGCCUCAUUGGGAUGGUGGGGAACAUCUACACGGUGCUGGUGGCCUCUGGCAAAGUGGCAGGCCGCUCGGCAGGCUCCUUGGGGGUCUAUGUGAUCAACCUCGCCCUGGCUGACCUCCUGUACCUCUCCACCAUCCCCUUCGUGGUCUGCACCUACUUCACCCAUGACUGGUUCUUUGGAGAUGUGGGCUGCAAGCUUUUGUUCAGCUUGGACCUCCUCACCAUGCAUGCCAGCGUUUUCCUCCUGACCGCCAUGAGCCUGGAGAGAUACUGGGCAGUAACCAGGCCGCUGCGGUCCAGGCGGGCUGGCAGCGCUUACCGCAAGCCAGCCAGUGCCAUCCUCUGGCUCCUUGCCUUCCUGCUUACAGCCCCCAUGAUGGCAAUGACCCAAUUGCGGGAGGGUGAUGGUCCCAACAAGCGCAUCUGCAUCCCCACGUGGACGCCAGCAGCCUUCCGCCUCUACUUGACGGUGCUCUUUGCCACCAGCAUCCUGGUGCCCGGUGUGGUGCUGAUCGUUGUCUACACCCUCCUGGUCCGGGUGUACCGCUCUUCCACCUGGCACCCGGGACUGUCAGCGGCCGGCCGGGCUCCCUCCCAGCGUCUCUCCUCCAGGAUCUCUGCCAUUGUGGUGGCUUACUGGGCCUGCUUCCUCCCCUUCUGGGGCUGGCAACUGGCUGGGCUGUACCAGCAUGAGGGCAUAGGCAUGGGCCCUACUGCCCAGGCCUACCUCAACUUUGGUGUCACUUGCUUAGCCUAUGGCAACAGCUGUAUCAACCCUUUCCUCUAUACCCUGCUAGCCAGUAGCUACCGCCGGCAUCCCAAACACACGAGGAGGCCAUAGCACCUUCCUGGCUUUUGUGUAAAUAUUGGGGCUCAUGGGGAAUAGCAGGGGGAGCCCUGGGUGACAAGCAAUGCCCUGAGUGAGGGAUAUCACCCAGGUUUUUGCAAGGGUUGAGUAAUGAAA